CUACGUCAAUAAUUAAACGAAAACUGCACAAGAAUAGUGAGUUUCGUCUUGAACGGCAGUGUUACUGUGGGAGGUUAUGUUUUUAAAUCCUGAAGCUUGAAAAAUGACAUGUCUGGUACAAUCAAGCGUUACCUAUUGCUUUCACUGCACAGUGUCAUGUUGACAAUCUGUGACAAAUCGAGGGAAAAUUAACGCAAGUAUCUUCGACCAAGGCAUGCGCAAUGUUAAAGCAUGGUUGUUACUCCACGAAAGAUGAAACAGGUUGCCUUUUCCGUGAUUUGUGUUAUAUUAGUGUUAGGCUUUUACAAAACGUUAGUUAGCCCGGAAGAAGAACAAUCUUUUCCUAGAGUUCACCCAAGGGACCGUAAAUCUCAUGUAGGGGAUAUUGUAAAUGACAUUGAAACUGUUGAUCAAAAAGUUGACGAAGCCGAAGAAGAUACUCCUUAUACAGACAUUAGAAAUAUUGAAGAAGCAAAGACACGAAUUCGUGAUUUAGAGGGUAAAUUGCAGCAUCUCGAAGCAAAAAUUGAGAACAGAGUGUCAAAGGAUUUUCCAACAGUCAAGUUCCUUAAUUAUAAAAAUCGAAAAAGAAUUUUGGUCACUGGUGGUGCAGGCUUUGUUGGGUCACAUUUGGUCGACCGUUUAAUGCUUGCUGGCCAUGAAGUAAUAGUUGUAGAUAACUUCUUCACUGGAAGAAAACGCAACGUUGAACAUUGGGUUGGUCAUGAAAACUUUGAACUUGUUCACCAUGACAUAGUUAGACCCCUUUAUUUAGAAGUCGAUGAAAUCUAUCAUCUUGCCAGCCCAGCUAGUCCACCACACUAUAUGCUAAACCCAGUAAAAACAAUAAAAACAAAUACUUUAGGUACAAUAAAUAUAUUAGGUCUUGCAAAACGGGUAGGAGCAAGAGUUUUAAUUGCUAGUACGUCCGAAGUUUACGGAGAUCCUAACGAGCAUCCUCAAGCAGAAACUUAUUGGGGUCACGUGAAUCCUAUAGGGCCAAGAGCUUGUUACGACGAAGGAAAACGCGUUGCCGAAACGUUAAGCUAUGCAUACAUGCGGCAAGAGGGUGUUUCGGUCCGCGUCGCCCGAAUUUUUAACACUUUCGGUCCUAGAAUGCAUAUGAACGACGGUCGGGUGGUUUCGAAUUUUAUUCUGCAGGCAUUACAGAAUGAUUCAAUUACGAUAUAUGGUAGUGGAAAACAGACGCGAUCUUUUCAGUACGUGUCUGAUUUAGUUGAUGGACUAGUUGCCUUAAUGGCAUCUAACUAUACCCAACCUGUGAACAUUGGAAAUCCUGUUGAACAUACAAUAGAAGAGUUUGCACUUAUAAUAAAAGAUCUAGUUGGUACAAAUAGUAAAAUCGUUGAGCUUGCUGCGGUCGAAGAUGAUCCUCAAAGAAGGAGACCCGAGAUUACUAGAGCUAAGAAAUACUUGAAUUGGGAGCCAAAGGUUCCUUUAGCUGAAGGACUUAAGAAAACAAUAGUGUACUUCGCUAAAGAAUUACAAAGAACAAAGCACUCACAAAAAAGUAGUUUUAUCCAGAAAUCUUACAAAAACGAUCAUGAUAUAGUAGAACAACUUUAGUAGAUUAAAUGUUAACACGAUUAAUUUAUCCACUUUUAAGAGAGGCUUAAAAGUGCCAUUAAGAUAUGGACCACUAUGUGCCAAAAGAUUCCCCGUCCAAAUUGAAUUUCGUAAUAAUUUUAAUAUUAACGGAUACAUGCUCUUGAUUUAACAAAUACAGAAUGUUUGUUGCGAAAUUGAUCCUGUAUAUUUGUACAGGGUGUCAGGUAUAAUCAACUUUCUUUCAGCUUCAAGGUGUGAAAUUACGUUUGUAAAGUUCCGUAAGUAAUUUCUUUUACAUCCUUUUUCAUCCUCUCAUUUUAUAUCCUUAAAAAAUAUUAAUUGUGUUUCUAACGUGUCUUUUAUGUAAGAAAUUUUCGAUCGCAUAGUUCUUGAAAUUGUUCGAUAUAAAUGAGAAAGUAACGGUGCUGGUGGAAGUUAUUGAUAUCCUUUUUUUUUUUUGUGCGUAUUACUAGGAUAAAUUUUACAUACAAACUUUAAUAUAUUGAGCUGAUUUUACUUAAUAUUUCUAUAUAAUCGAUUCUCCUCCAACUGUACAUGUUCAUUGUGUUUUGUAAAAUGUAUGAAACAUGUAUCAUAGUAACAUAAUUAAUGUGCAUUUGUAUACGCAUACAAAUAGUACAUUUUUAAGGAAUGUUUCUGUCACCGUAUUUUUUACCAUAGAAAGAAGGGUGUUUCCAUGUUUCUCGUUCUGUAAAACGGGAAACGAGUUUUUGUAUUAAUAUAGAAAUCGUAUUGUGUGAUAUAUACAUCCUGUAAUCGUAAGCCGCGAUACUGUAAUAUUGAAGAACAUAUAAACAGAAAAGUAAUUUUAUACUUUAUGAAUAAUUAUACAAGAGUAAAUAAGUGAAUAGCUUUGUAAAGGUAUCUCCUUUUCGUUACAGUCAUUAUAUUACUCUAACUUACGUACGAAUAAACUCAACGCGGGUGCGGAACUAUCAUGCUUCUACGUCUAGAUAGACAAUGUGAAAUGGAUAUUUACACUGCAAUGUAUUGUCAAUUGUGUAUUUAUUGUUUGUGUAUUUGAAAAAUUCUGAGACGAAAAUUUGAAAAAUAGAGAAUGUUUUA